CCCCUCCUCCUCUUCCCCCUCCUGCGCCGAGAGAGAGAAAGGGAAGGGAGGAGGCGCCGGGCCUGGGUCUCCCGCACCGAGCCGCCGCGGCACAACAUGGAGGAGCUGGUGGUGGAGGUGCGGGGCUCCAACGGGGCCUUCUACAAGGCGUUUGUAAAGGAUGUGCAUGAAGAUUCUAUAACAGUUGCAUUUGAAAACAACUGGCAACCAGAGAGACAAAUACCAUUCCAUGAUGUGAGGUUUCCACCACCUGCAGGCUAUAAUAAAGAUAUAAAUGAAAGUGAUGAAGUAGAGGUUUAUUCCAGGGCAAAUGAAAAAGAACCCUGCUGUUGGUGGUUGGCUAAAGUGAGAAUGAUAAAGGGUGAGUUCUACGUAAUAGAAUAUGCAGCCUGUGAUGCUACAUACAACGAAAUUGUCACAAUUGAGCGUUUGAGAUCUGUGAACCCCAAUAAACCUGCAACAAAAGAUACUUUUCAUAAAAUCAAACUGGCAGUUCCAGAAGAUUUAAGGCAAAUGUGUGCCAAAGAAUCUGCACAUAAGGACUUCAAAAAGGCAGUUGGAGCUUUUUCUGUAACAUAUGAUUCUGAAAGCCACCAGCUUAUUAUUUUGUCAAUCAAUGAUGUAACAACAAAGCGGGCAAAUAUGCUGAUUGAUAUGCACUUUCGAAGUCUUCGUACCAAGUUAUCCCUGAUACUGAGAAAUGAAGAAGCUAGCAAACAGCUGGAGAGUUCUAGACAACUUGCAUCACGAUUUCAUGAACAGUUCGUUGUACGUGAAGACCUAAUGGGUUUGGCCAUUGGCACUCAUGGUGCUAAUAUUCAGCAAGCCAGAAAAGUCCCUGGAGUGACUGCUAUUGAUCUUGAUGAAGAUACUUGCACAUUCCAUAUUUAUGGAGAGGAUCAAGAUGCAGUGAAAAAGGCAAGAAGUUACCUUGAAUUUGCUGAAGAUGUCAUACAAGUCCCAAGAAAUUUAGUAGGAAAAGUAAUAGGAAAAAAUGGAAAACUGAUUCAGGAGAUAGUGGACAAAUCUGGUGUUGUAAGAGUGAGAAUUGAGGCUGAAAAUGAUAAAAAUAUUCCACAAGAAGAGGGAAUGGUACCAUUUGUGUUUGUGGGAACCAAGGAUAGCAUCACUAAUGCAACUGUUCUUCUGGAUUAUCACCUUAAUUAUUUAAAGGAAGUGGACCAGCUGCGUUUAGAAAGAUUGCAAAUUGAUGAGCAGCUUCGACAGAUUGGAGCUACUUCUAGGCCACCACCAAAUCGUACGGAUAAGGAAAAAGGUUAUAUGACUGAUGAUGGUCCAGGACUUGGACGCGGUAGUCGACCUUACAGAAACAGAGGGCAUAGCAGACGUGGUCCAGGCUAUGCUUCAGGAACUAAUUCUGAAGCAUCAAAUGCUUCUGAAACAGAAUCUGAUCACAGAGAUGAACUUAGCGAUUGGUCAGCAGCCCCAGCAGAAGAGGAGCGAGACAACUACCUUCGUAGAGGAGAUGGGCGAAGACGUGGAGGUGGUGCCAGAGGGCAAGGAGGGAGGGGUCGUGGAGGAUUCAAAGGAAAUGAUGAACAGUCACGAACAGAUAACCGUCAACGUAACUCAAGAGAUGCAAAAGGGAGAACAGCAGAUGGAUCUCUUGAGAUCAGAAUUGACUGCAAUAAUGAAAGGAGUGUCCACACUAAAACAUUACAGAAUACCUCCAAUGAAGGUAGUCGGCUGCGCACGGGUAAAGAACGUAAUCAGAAGAAAGAGAAAACGGACAGCGCAGAUGGUCAACAGCCGCUGGUGAAUGGAGUACCCUAAACUGCAUAACUUUAAAGUCAUAUUUCCUAUACUGUUUCAGUAAUUCCUAUUCCAUGUUAGAGAAACUUGUUAGGCCAAAGACAAAUAGUAGGCAAGAUGGCGCAGGGCAUGAAAUGAACAUAUGUUCUCUGUUAGCCUUUUUUAACAUCAACAGUAUGCAGUUGUUUUCAGAAUAAGAAGUUAUUCAAAUAUUUGCAUAAAAAUAUCUGAAUUUCUGAAAAUCGCUUUCAAGUACAUAUUGCAGUUCAAACAAUGAAAGAUUCUCUUUUGUUUGUUUUAAAAAUACUGAGCUGUGCAUUGGUAAACUUUCUGUUCAGUUGUACCAUUUUAACACAUCGGGUCAAAUUCACUGCUCAAUUUCAAUUUUCAGAAUAAAUAGUGUUUGCAGUAAUCAAAUUGGCUUCUGUUUUCAAUCUAACUUACAAGUUCUUCAUGAAAUGCUAUGUCGUUUUAUGUCCUGUGUCAGUUCACAUUCUGGUCCACCUUUUUCAAUAUUUUAGUGGACCCUGAAAUAUGUGUGAUGUAACAAUUGUCAUUUUCAUUAGCAAAAAAGUUGUAUGAUCUGUGCCUUUUUUAUAUCUUGGCAGGUAGGAAUAUUAUAUUUGGAUGCAGAAAUCAGGGAAGAUGAGUUGGUAACACUAAAUGUAAAAUAUAUGUAGCAAUCCUUGUCAGACGUUAGUACUUUAUAGACAAGUGCAUGCUUUCCAUAAUUUUUUCCUUACAUAAACAUUGAGUUAGGCAGUUAUAAGAAUAGGAAAUUUAUUUUGCACUGAAGAUUUGGCAAAUAGUGUUAUUGAAAAAGGGGUGUAAUUUUUUUUCUUUGUAGGCAGUACAGAAGCUUUUUUUUUAAAAAAGAAAAAUUUAAAAAAAAAACUUUCCAUUGUGGAAAACUAAAAAACUCAUUGUUACUGAGGGAACAAGUGUAAUGUGUUCACAAACUAGUAAUGUGUGCCUGCUAUUUGGCCAGAUGACCAGUUUAAAGCACUGAUGUUUUUCAUCCUCCCAAAUUUUUUGAAUUCCUUAUUUUAAUUCGGGGACUAUCUCAGGAGAGGUAGGAAGAAAAUCACCACAUGUAAAGCCCUGGAAAAUACAGCUAUAGUAGUCAGAGAUAUUGGAGGUAAAACAAAAAUUCAUCAUAUUUUGAGGUACAAAGUCUGAAUUACCAGCCAAUUUGAAGGUGUCACAGAACUUGAUCCAAAGUGCAGUCGUACACCAGGGAAGGGUGGGAAGUGGUGGG